CCGCGGCCGCCAUCGCUGUCGUUGGCGCUCUGUGUGGCUCGCUGAUUUGCCUCAUUCGCCGCAGAUAUUUAACAUCCUGUUCCGUUUGAUCUGGCAUUCAGUUGUUGCAUACUCGUCAGCGGGUUCAUAUUAGCGCUGCCAAAAAAGCGGGCGGAUACAAAAUUUUAAAUAAAAGCUAUUGUGGCAAAAGAACAAGCAGCACAGUUAAAAAGUCAGUCACACGGUUUUAAGAGUCGUGAUUUUUGAAUUUGAAUUUUGCUUUAAAGUGCGAUAAUCAAAUUACUGUAGUUUUGUGUAUGUGCAAAUUAGAAAGGUUAAUAAUUUGAGUAAAGUCAAAACUGUGAAGAAUUCAAAACUGAACUUUUUAAUAUAUUUUAAGUGCGCACAAUAAAACUUUCAAAAAAUUCUUGAAAACUGUCGCAAUUUAUUCUCAGCUUUGUCCACUCUUCCCAUCAAAAUUUAGAUCACACUCCACUUGUGUUACGUAAAACUUUAAAUGGCCGUGCAAAAACUGAAAUGUCUCACUGGGCGUUGUUGUAAGUUGUUGCUUUUGUUUCAACUUUGCAACGCCAUUGCAGCAACAAAUGGUACAGGAAGCGAGGCGUCGACGCAUGAGGGUCAUAAUUACCCGACGGCCAUAAGCGAGCGGACGAGACGUGAUGUUUCAACGUCGGCCGACAGCACUACCACGCUCCAACCGUUAGCCUACAACGAUGGUAACCUCAAUGCGGCCGAUAAUAAGGACAAACAUAAUUUGCCAUUUAAUGUUGUUGGCAAUCCACUGCGUACCUUAAACAUUGUCAAGCGCACGCCAAGUGGCUUUAUUGGGAUGCGCGGUAAAAAGGAAUACGAAUACACCGAUUACAGUAAUGCCAACAAUCUGGCAAUGGAUGACGAUCGGACAGCCGAUUGGGACAUCGAUCCCAUACAACGAGUUGCCUACGAAAAUGAGCUAAAUGACGUCUACGGUCACUUGUUAGCCUUGGAAUCACGCUUCAAGAAAGCACCCAGUACAUUCUAUGGCGUUCGGGGUAAAAAGUACAGUGACAACGAUGUAAAUCGUGUUAAUUCGUUAAUACGGCGUUUAGAAGAGGACCGUUUGCGUCAAGAGUUGACGCAGAAUUUCCUCAGAGAAUUAGUAAAUCGGCAAACAACACCACAGAAUGAUGUCACAAAGCGUGCACCAACCGGUUUCACAGGAAUGCGCGGUAAGCGACCAUCGGUGAUGGACUAUUUGUAUUACGACGAAGAUGGCAUGUUGACGGUGCCCUUCGUGGAGGAGAAGCGCGGUCCAGUCAAUGCAUUUAUGGGUGUACGUGGCAAGAAGGAUGCGGAUCAUCAGACGUUCAAGAGAUCUCCAUUAGAAUCUGGCAACCGGCGCAGCAAGUCCCAACGUUUUGUUGAUUUCAACAACAAAUUCGUGGCGGUGCGAGGCAAGAAAGACGAUACCAACGAUGACAGCAGCAACACUUUCACCGAUGAGACACACCAGGGGUACAACGCCAACAAUAUGCCGCUACUGGCGCUGCACAGCAUGCGCGGCAAACGAGCUGUAGGCACACCAGCGGAAACGGAACACGCGACAUACAAAUUAGCAGUCGACGACUUACACGCGCUCAAGAACUAAACUCGUAUCUCCUGGCUUUGGAACGCACAUCAUACAGCGAGCUACAUACUAACGGAAAGCAAGUUUUAUUUUACAAAAGUUUUCAUGCAAAAACAAAAACGAUAUAAAUAAAUUAAAUAAAAGUUCCUCUCAUCGUCAACAUUCAAAUUUGCAAACAACUCAAAAA